AUGGUGGAGCAACUGAAGAAAAUCAAACUGGAAAAUUGGGGCACGUUCUUCCUCCAACGCCUCCAAGUCUUCUUCGCCACCACGGACUACUGCGAUCUGACGUUGCAAUUCGAGGGAAACGUCCAAUUGAAAGUCCACCGGUUGGUCAUCAACGCUUGCACGGAUUACUUCAAAUUCCUGGAGAAAACUGGAUACACCACCGAGAAGAACACCAUCGUAAUGCCUAACGAGCUCCAAUCAGACGUCAUCGUGCCUAUCGUCAAUUUCAUGUACACUGGUAUGCUGGAGUUCCACAUAUCCCUCUCGGAUCGAUUGUACCGAGCGGCCCAAACGAUGAACAUCUCACUGCUAACCAAACUCCUCGACGCCCAAAAGGUCUCUACCAAACCGAUCAAACAGCCACCCAAGCAGGACAAGCGGCCUGCUCAAGCCAGACACCAGCCAGAUAUCUCUUCGCUUCCGGGCCGGAAACCGCAGGGCUGGAAGAGAAGAGCCCCUGCGGUUGUUACUACGGUAGCUCGUGGAGGUCCAGGGAAUCCCGCGCACACUGAAUCAAAAUGGAGCGAUUCUUCCAAUAAUCCACCAAGGCCUACUAGAUUCGAAUGGCCCGAGGAUGAGUUGCCAGCGAUGACUAUGCUCGAUUCGAAUUUCGAAGACAUCUCGUACACCAGCCGGCCACUUUUAACUAAAGAAGAAGAGGAGAAGGUGAAACUGAAUUUCGACGAUUUGAGGAACAACGUGGAGAUUCCUACGAAGAAAAGUUCCACAAAAAGCCCGAAUAACUCGUUGAAUUUCAAGGAUCUCGAGGAAUUCGCCAAAGAACAGAGAAUUAGAUCCACCAUGUUCGAAGAUCCCGAUGAAAUGACGCAAAAGAGAAAAGCCGAUCAACAGGGCAAACCCCAAUCGAAAAAGAUGAAAAUCAACCAAAAGGACCAAAAGGACCACAGCCAACUGUUGGAAACCACCAUUAGCGUGGAAAGCAGCACGGCGGGUUCCAUCGAUCACACGAAAAUCGUCACGGAAAUAUUGAAAAAGUAUCCGGAUAUCGUCAAGAAAAACAAAAACAUCAAGCUGAAAAUCAUGCCGGGCAACAAGGAUGCCAACGAGAAAGAUAGGAAAAUCGUCAGGGCCGUCUGCGAGCCCGUCAAGAGAUCCUCCAAUAAUCAGCCCGACGCCGCCCAAAAGCACCACCAACCGCCCCAACCGGCGCCCCAGCAGCAGUACCGGAAACACCCACGGCCCGACCGCGACGAACACGAGGGCCCCUGGACGUGCACGAAGUGCCCCCAACGCGCUGGGGGCGAAGCCCCCGAAUUCGUCCUCUACUACCUCUACAGGAAACACAUGACGGACGUGCACGACGAGGUGUUCGACCAGCGCUUGUGCAAGUACUGCGGCAGGAGAUGUCCCGAUCAGGAGCUGAUGCUCUACCACAUGUACAUCAAGCACGCCCUGAAACCCCCAUUGGGGCACAACUUCCCCGUAUGCGAUAAAUGCCCUUACAUCGCUCUAAACAUCGACAAACUGGAUAAACAUCGGCUCACGCACAACUCCAACGAGAUCCAAUGCCAGGACUGCAAGCUGGCCUUCGACUCUACGCUACACCUGUCGUCGCACAUCCGGAUAACGGGGCACUACAACAAACCCGGCAAGGCCGCCUACGAUUGCCAGUACUGCAUGAAGAAGCUCCAAUCGGGGCUCGAUCUGAUGGCGCAUCUGCGCAGAACGCACGCGAACGAGAGCAAACGCGACGGCAUAGCAGGCCUCGACGAGCUCGAUUCCAUGGAGGACUCGAUCGAGUACCCGCACGAGAUGGACAUAAGCGAUAUCAUGCUGUCGGAUGUGUUGAAAAAGGAGAAAGUUAACGUGAUUUCUAACGUGCCGGUGAACAGUGAGGUGUUAGAGGGAGACGGGGAGAAUAGGGGCGAGAGUGAGGGGAUUGAAGGGAUUACGGGGGGGUUAAAUCUGGUCGAUAUAGUGGUGCUGGACGAUAACAGGCAGUACAUACUGCCCGGUAUGGGCGGGCACGCCGGUCAAUCCUUCGCCGGGCAGGUGAUUAGCGCCCACGCGCAGGAUAAUACCGUUAUACAUCAAAGUAUGAUACAAAGCAGUACGGGCGAUAUAGCUUCCACUGAUGAAUUGGUGAUGGUUCUGACGGAUCACGAUUAUCCUGAAGAACACGAAGGACAGAACCCGGAGAAUUCGAAUAUCGUAGUUUUAUACAGUCAUCCGGUGGACGGUCAAGAGGGCCAGUUUAUUACCUCGCAGGGCAAUCUGAUGGUAAACUCCCAGACCGGCCUGCUAGAAAUCCGCAACGGCCCUCCCAUCUCCGCAACUUCCACGGCCAACCAGAUCCUCGUGGCGAAUCCGGGUGAUUCGCCCAUCGAAUCCAUCGAGAUGAUCCAGCGCGAGAUCGACAAUCAAACCACGGGGCUCAAGGACGAGUCGGAGCCCUUCUACGCCGCCGGAGCGCCCGCGGGCGGCUUCAAGAGCAUGCCGGACCUCACCGGCGGCGGCGGCGGCUCGUUGGAGCUCGAGGAGGCGCCCGGCGGCGACGCCUUGGAGAUGGAGGCCUCCAGUUCGCUGAUGGAGGCACAUCCGCACAUAGAAAUCUCCCGGGAGGACGAGCACCGCGACCUGGGUGAGACCGCUACCCGCGAAGAUGACGUCCAAAACGGGGAGGAAACGAUGGAAGUCGAUGAAGACGAUGAAAACAAGGCGGGAGACGGUGAAGAGAGUGAUGCAAAGCAAGUUGUGGAAACAACGGAUGAGCAAUCUCGAGGAAUCGACGUGGCUCCUCCACAGUCUGAUACCCAGUGUUCUGAGAAGCUUCCGGAGGUGGUGGAAGAGGCUCAGGAGAUCGCAGAUCUGCACGAGGCUCAGGAGAUCGUGGAAGAGGUUCAGGAGAUCGCGGGAGAUCUGGAUGAGGCGAUGGAGGUCGAUGGAAAAGCCGAAAAAGAAGAGGAUAAGCGAGAGGAAAUCGUCUCGGAAGAACCCGAACCUUCCGUUGGAUCAGACAAUCAAGUAGCGUAUGAAACGGAUCAGAAAGAACAAGAAGAAGAACGAGACGGAAAAGAAGUAGAAUCGAAUGUUAUAUCGCGGGAUUCACAGGCGAAAGAUCCUGCGGAUGAUAUUAAUAAGACUAUUUUGGACGAUUGGGACGAUACGGAUUCGCAGGAAGGGGACAAAAGCGCUGAGGCGGAAUCUCGGGAAUUGCCAGUGGAAGAGAAAUCGAAGCAAGUCGAAGCGGUACAGAACGUCAAUAAAUUAAUGGACGAUUGGGAGGAGGAAGAAGACGAAGAAAACGAAGAAGAAGAAGAAACGAAGGAAUAG